AUGUCAGACCGCACCGCAGAAAACUCCACGAACGGCCAAGGAGGCCCAGGAGACCGCCAGCCCGAGUCGGCCAGCGAGAUUCCAGCAAGCCAGAACAGCGAGCACAGCAGCGACUCACCUCAGCACCGCCAGCAGAUCUGCCAGCAGGAAACCGACUUGAACUACUACCGGAAGUUCCUGGAAGACUUGGUCGCCGUCAUGCGCGACGCUCAUAGCGAUUCUGUCGCUCAGCUUGUCUUGCUCAUUCGCUCCGGGGCAUCAAACGAGGAGAUCCACCUCGCCCUUCAACGUGUCCGAGACGAAAGCUGA